UUAAGUAUCCCUACUAACAGACAAAUAUACACAGAAAGACGGAAAAUAGCUUGAAGCACUGUAAUGAAACAUUUAAACAUUUAAUUAAUUGUUAAUUGUGAUAAAUAAUUAUUUUCGCAAUAAAAGUCUUAAAGAAAUUAACUGUGGAAUUUGAAACUCAUUAGCUGGCCAGUGCGGCCUGAGACUCUGGUUUUUCAAGGUGCAUAAAAUUAUAGUUGUAUGUAUUGUUGGUGCCUGGCAACAUAUACGGAGACAGCAGCGUGAAUAGUGUUGUUGUGUUGUUGUCACAACAUUCUGGUUCUCUCCCCAUUUCCUCCGCAAAUAAUUACCAACUUGCAGAUACAACAAGAAAAUAAAGAAAGCAAUGGGUUAUGACCUACAUCGUUUCCAGGGCGAGGUCGAUGAAGAAUUAACAUGUCCAAUAUGUUCCGGCGUAUUGGAGGAACCUUUACAGGCGGCGAUGUGUGAGCAUGCAUUUUGUCGUGCAUGUAUAAAUGAAUGGCUCUCCCGGCAGCCAACCUGUCCUGUUGAUCGUAAUUCACUGACCACUGCAAAUUUAAGAGCUGUUCCCAGGAUUUUGAGAAAUCUUUUAGCAAGACUCUCUAUAACUUGUGAUAACGCAGCCCAUGGAUGUACGUUGGUAUUGAAACUUGAUGCCCUAAAUGCUCAUUUAGAUGAAUGUGAACAUAAUCCAAAAAAACCAUUACCAUGUGAAAAGGGAUGUGGCAUUGUUAUACCAAAAGACGAGCUCAAGGAUCACAACUGUGUACGAGAACUGCGUGCCAUGAUAUUAACACAGCAACAGAAAAUGGUCGAGUUCAAAACAGAAAUAGCAGAUCAAAAUUUAACUAUAAAUGAAUUGAAGCGUGAAGUGCAACUAUUUAAGGAUUUUAUGCGUGCUAUGCGUGUGUCCAACCCAGCGGUACGAGCUAUAGCCGACCAGAUGGAACGUGACGAAGUAAUACGUUGGAGUAGUACUUUGGCUAGAGCACGAGUUACACGUUGGGGUGGUAUGAUUUCAACACCAGAUGAUGCUCUACAAAUGAUGAUUAAACGAGCGUUGUCAGAGUCUGGCUGCCCUCCCCAUAUCUUAGACAAUCUAAUGGAAAAUUGCCAUGAGCGUCGUUGGCCUCGUGGCUUGAGUUCACUGGAGACUAGACAGAAUAACCGCCGUAUAUAUGACAACUACAUUUGUCGGCGGGUACCAGGCAAACAAGCUGUUCUAGUUCUGAGUUGUGAUAAUGCACACAUGGCCGAAGAUGUUAUGGUUGAACCUGGUCUUGUUAUGAUAUUUGCUCAUGGUGUGGAGUAAACCGAAAGUAAUUUGAAACAUUAUUUUAUGAAUUUAUCAAUUGAAAUGUUAUACAUCGUCUUUGAUGCGCCAGAUUUACUAUCUUACUACUAUGUAUUUUCCACUACUAGGUACGAUCAUCAAUAUUUUGUCAUUGUGUAAAAGACAAUGAAAUGUAAGCAGAUAUAUUACCAUAACUAAUGUUAAAUGAUAAUUCUUCGAAAUAUAGAAUCGUUUAAUGUCAUGAACUUCUUCAGUAGUCCAUGAUUAACGUAUCCAUGACUUGCUUUCAUUACUUAGUAUAUAUUUUAUUUGUAAUUUGGCCUUAAUAAAAUUAAAUGUGUGAUUAUGCUUGUUUAGUAGUUUAUAUUGUUAUUGUCUCUUAAUUUUCUCAUUAGUAUUACCUCUCGCGUAUGUCAAAAUUAGAUCCGAUAUAUUUUUAAGAUUUUUUUUUUAAAUUUUAUAUGAUUCCAACACCUCAAUUGUAAUCAGUUUUGUGCGAAUUUUAUUGCAUUAGAUUACAAAGAAUUGUUAUAUACGUUAAGGUCCACAAUGAUCACUGCUUUGUUUUUGUUUUUUAUGUAACUAUUCAAUUAGUUAUUUUCAUCGCACUUUUCAUUUUUUUCGUUCAUCAACAUCAUGUGCAUACUUACUUUACUUGAGAUUUUCCUAUUAGUAUUAGUAUGCUAUUCGCCAUUUAAUAUGUGACUUGUGUAAAAUAAAACAAAAUGUAUCAUUUAAUUUUAAAAUAUGUGUAUUCAAGUUUGUGGAAAUUAUGAUUAUUUUCCUUGAUGAAUAGUAAAUAUAUAAGAGAAUAAAUGCUAAAAUGUAUAAAA